AUGUUCGAUUUACCAGAUGCUAAACGGGUCCGUCGUGAUCAGGUCCAAUCGCCUGCCUCUUCUCGUGAACACUCGCCCGUCGAUGAGACCGACCUCCAGGAUGCCCACGCUCGACUGGGCAAGCUCCUAGAUUUGGAUGGAUUGAUUGGGGCCAACACAAGUGCCGAAGAAGAUAAAGAUGCGACACAGCCUGCAGAUGGAAACAAUGACGAGGAUGAGCAGGAGUUCGAGUUCCGCUUGUUCAGCGCCCCCACAAAGCCUAAAGAUGCUACGCCGAAGGAGCCCGGAACGAAGGAUGGAGACCGAACAGCUACCAAGGGGGAUAAAACAGAAGGGAAGGAAAUCAAGGUUACUACUGCAGGAACACAAAAGCUCCGCAUUCGAUUGCGGUCUCCUUCACCAUCUGGCGACCCCUCGGAGGGACGCUUCGUCAAGGCCUUCCGUGGAUGGCAGUACUACUUCUCAACACCUUCUCUCCUUGGACUAGAUGAAAACGAGGAAGUUAAAGAGACGAUAGCCGAACAGAGGCGCCAAUUUGAGGAUAUGGCUGUUACUGGCGAGCAUAUCACAAUCUGGGCCAAAACACAACCAUGGCCUGGCUGCGAUCUACCCUGGCGGGUCAUCCAUCUCAAGCGCCAUCAAACCAAGCUACCGAAAGAUAUCCCCGUCUACGCGGUCGAGGGUGCUCCCGUAUCCAAGUCCCCGCUCACACGCAAGAAGCCCGGCAAGAAGCGCCGCCUUCAAUUGCGUAAGAAGGUUGCUGCGGCGGCGGCAGCUAAGGAGUCCGAGGCUGAGAAGAGGCAUCGCAAGAAUCGGGAGCGCAAGCUCAAGCGUCGGCAAAAGGCUCGUGAGCAGAAGGCCGCGGCUGGUGGUAUUACUGGUGAUGGGGAUGUUGCUAUGGCUGACGGAGAUGGAGACUCGUCUGGAGCUGAUGAGUGA